AUGGCCAAAUCCUUUGAGAAGUUUGGAGUAGACAGACUUACUAUUGGGAGGACUGCAGCGAUUGCCGAGCUCGCAAUAGCUGCUCCAGAAGAAUAUGAUCAGGUGGAGAAGGGGGAGACGGUGGCAGACUUUGCUAAAAGAUGCAAGGAGGAUGGAAAGGAGCCCGAACCUGGAGACCUGAUUGAGAUCUUCCGUAAACACUGGGCUGUUUAUGUUGGUGAUGGAAAAGUCGUUCACCUCGGAGCAGCGGGGCAAGGUGGUGAUGAUAUUGGUCUUGUUUAUGAUGGCCGAGUGUUGAAGCAGAAUCUGAAGGACGUGGUGCAGGAUGACGACUGGAGAGUCAACAAUCUCUUGGAUGGUACAGACCCACCCCGUCCAGCUGAUGAUAUCGUGAGAGAUGCCGGCUUACUGGUGGAUGUAAAAAUGGGGUUCAAGCUGGAGGAUGUCAACUGUGAACAGUUCGCCACUGAGCUGCGUUACGGCGAGCCUGAGGGUCAGCAGGAGGUUGCCACAGCGGUAAGAACUGCAAGAUUCGCCCUGGGUGUCCCGGGAAAUGAUAGCGAUGAGCAACAACGAGCUCGUGAAAGCAGUUGAGCGACGUCAGGCAUUAAAAACUAAGUAAAAGUAACUUGCAUAUCAAUCCAUGAUUCUUAUUUCAUAAAGUUUGGUCAAAUCCACAUGACCUAACUUCAGAAAUGAAGGUGCCAGUUCAGACUUAUUAGAAACAACUUAAUCAAUAAUAUUUUCUUCUUCAACUGAGGAGGAGCAUGAUUUUUAUGUCAAAGAAAUCAAAUAUUUCAUAUGAUGUAAACACAAAUAUGAUUGAGGCUGAUCAGAUGAAUCAAUAA